UUGAUUUACUUGAUCAAAAGCAAUUUUCUGAUUUAAUUUUGAUACUUGAUGGUAAAUUAAAAGAAUUAGCUGAAGUUGAACAUUAUAAAUUAAAAUUUAAUCAUUUUCAUAAAAAAUAUGAUAGAGGUUAUGAUAUCAAUAAUGAACAAACCCGAUUUGCAAGUGAUGAACAUAAGCAGAAUAGUAGUAAAACAUCUGAUACAAUUUCAACACCUAGCUUUCGUACUGCAUUGCAAGUUGUUAAAG